UACGGUCACACUGGACCGAACCGAGCCGAGCCGAACAGCUGUUUUCCCGCACUGUCUAUUUGAUAACACUGGGAUUCCGAUUCCACCUGGCUUUCCUCCAAAUUGAUCACUGAAAAUCGAAACCCGCUGGGAGAUGCAGUUCCUCCGCGUGGGCGGUCGCAUAACGGCACUGCGCCAGAGGUUGGCCGACAGGGUUCAGAUGCCGGAGCGCUUCAAGGACACCGUCGUGGAGAAGUGGGUGCAGUACUGGAAGGGCCUGGUGCGCGACUACUCGGAGGUGGCGGUGGGCGUGGUGCGGGAGUCCUACACGAAGCCCAAGAAGGCGCUGCUCUACGGCACCGGCAUGCUGUUCCUGUACCAGGCGGGCCUCAACAAUCCCGGCGAGGAGGCCUUCAUGACCCUGCUAAGGCGGUCCACGAACCGCAUGAUCACCGUGCCCACCGAGCUCCAGAACCCCGACUCCGCCGAUUACCUGCUGACCCUGGAGCGGGCCAUCAACCAGAAGAAACUGCGACUCCUCUCGCUGGGCAUCUGCACGAUCCUGUGGGUGGAUCUGUACGACGAGGACGACUGCACAUACCCGGCCAUCUGCGAGUACACCAAAGUGGGGCUCCUCAACUUCCACGAGAGGAUCAUCGACGUGGGCUUCUGGAACCAGUACUGGCGCCUCGACUGGAAGAUGCGCAACUACGAUGUCAACUACCUGUGAUCCUCCAUAUUGACACCACUCGUUGUUAUUGAUACCAUGUUGUUCAACCAAGGGAAUACAAUAUAUGUAUGUUUUUAGUACAGGAAAA